ACUAACUCACUUAAAUAAUUGACUACGCUCGCUCGGGAGCAUGGCGAGGGCGAGAGCAGUGAGAAAAGGUUUGAAAGCACUUCAAGAUUUGGAACUUCUCAAACUCCUCAAAUCCGAAAUCAAUUUUGAACUUUCUUCUAAUCACUUUCAGAAAGCUCAAACUGGUUCUUUAGGUGAAUUUGUGGUCGAUUCAGAUUCACCAAAUUCAAAAGAUGUGAUUUUGAGAAGAAAAUGCAAUUCGGGUGAGGAAAUUGCGCUUUCAGCUAUAUUGGGUCCUCCAAAUUAUGAAAAAGAUCUUAUUUUUGUAAGGGAUGUUUUCAUGAAAGUGUGUAUUAAAAAGCCAACCUUGUCCUCCAUCUUGCAAUUUGACUGUAAAGUUUAUCAGAAGAAUGAUGAAAGCUCUGAAUUUGAUAUCAACAAUGCUUGUUAUCUUGGAUCGCCUACAUCUCUUAGCUCUUCCAUUUACAGAGGGCCCUUAUUCAGUGAAUUGAAUAAUAACUUGCAAAAAGCAUUCAAGGAAUACCUGAUAGACAAGGGAAUAGGAGGAAGCUUGACCAAUUUCCUUCUCCACUACUUGCACACAAGAGAACAAAAGCAAUAUGCGAACUGGUUGAAAAAGGGUGAAGCAUUCCUAUCCAAAAACAAAUCAUUGAAUCAAUUUUCAGAGACACGUUCUGCAUAAUUAUGUAGAGUUGCAUUAUAGCCAAUAUUAGCACAUGUCCCCAGGGUUAGGAGUGUGGAUCAAGUGUUCCUUUUUUACCAAUUUUGGUAUCCAAUAAUUGAAUUGCUAGAAUUAUGCUGAGGUAGUUAAACUUGUAGUAAUAUUACAGCAAAUUAUUAUGAAUAUAAAAAGGUCGAAAAUAGAAGCUGUUUUUUCAGGACCACUUUUAAUAGUAGUGUCGAGUUCUUGAUA